GAACGGUGGCAGCUGGUGGCAGCGCUGGUUCGUAUACACAGACACGCGGAGACGUAGAUGUAUUAUUUAGGCACUUGACGAAAACUCUUGUUUACCUGUUGUUUAUUUCCACGAUUGAAGAAAUUAUAAUGAGUGACGAUGACCGAGACAUCGAUAUCGAGAGCGACGAAGGCGACGACUCCGAUUCCAGGCAGAGACACUCGAACAAUACGCAAUAUUAUUCUCAAGCGGAAAAACGUGCACACCAUAAUGCCCUGGAACGCAAACGCAGGGAUCACAUCAAGGACAGCUUUUCAAGUCUCAGAGACUCGGUACCUGCCCUUCAGGGAGAAAAAGUCGCCAGCAGAGCUCAGAUACUCAAGAAAGCAGCUGAAUAUAUCCAGUUCAUGCGGCGCAAAAAUUCCUCCCAUCAGCAGGACAUCGACGACUUGAAACGGCAGAACAACCUCUUGGAAUCUCAAAGUCGUUCACUUUCAGUUCGGGCGCUCGAGAAAGCAAAGAUAACGGGGAACUUCGCCGCAGAGACAUGCGAAGUGACGAAAGCCGAAGGCGUUCCGAUGUCCGGGUACAACGACUCGGAGUCUGAAUCCACGGACAGCGAGACAAGCAGGACGGUUCGCCAGUCGAAGAAACUGAAAGUCGGAGGGCUCCAUCAUUGACCACGGAUUCCCUGAUCCCCCCCACCUCCUCCCGAUCAUUUAUUUCCUUCCUCUAUAUAAAUAUUUAUUUCCGAAGAAGAAGCUCGCGCCGCGAAAAUCGACACGGGCGCCUUCGAUGGAAUCUUGAAUGUCUUAGAGCCAGUGUACAAAAUACGAAGUAUAGAUAAUAUCGUUGCUUCAGAAAACAAACGACACGAAGCAAUCUUUUAGAUUUAUAAAAACGUAGGAAGUUUGAAUUACUUUGUUGAACGUGCAAUUUCCCGAUUGCAAGCUCAUUUCGGUUGUCCUGGUAUCUCUGCUUCUCUUCAUUUUUUAUUGUUACACCGACAUAAUAUUCAACGGAAAUUUUCUUAAAGGCAGUCGCAAAAUCUUGCGAACAUUCGAAUCGACUAAUUGUCACUGAUCCGUUAUUAAACAAAUGUGAAAAAUUACUAAUAAGCAUAUGCUCAACUGUAAGGUCAUUAACAUUACUUUUCGUUUAUUAAUGAAAAUUUUAAUACUAUUAGAAUAUAUAUAAAAAUGAAACAAA